AUGUCGCUUGGUACCGUCGUCUACAACACCGUCUCUCGCCGUUUUUCCACCAUCCUCUUGGCUUCUGCCUUCGGAGCGUACGCUUUCAAUUAUACCUUAGAUGGACUCACCAACUUCUAUUGGGACACUUCGGUAGCGGCGCCGCACCCUCAAUCAUCGCCCCCACAAAAGAAUGCUAACAAGCAAUGGAAAGACAUCAAGCAACAAUUGGCCCAAGAAUAG